AUGGGCAAGAUUGACCAUGCUAGCACGCUCGACCUGGGGAUUCGCCUCAUACCCCUUGCCCGUUCUGUCAUCGAGGAAGUGUCAGAGAGACGGAUUGUUCUUGUGGGUGGAAGUGGUGCUGGGAAAACUGCAUCUGCAAACACAAUCCUGGGACGGAGAGAGUUCGGAUCUGAGAGGAGUUCAGUGACCGGAUCAGUUGCUCAAGCCACAGUUUCAGGCAGAUCUGUGUCUGUAGUCGACACUCCUGGAUUAUUUUACGGAGGCAUGAGAAAUGAAGAGAUGAGGAUGAUGUUGGAGAUUAGCAGAAGUGUGAGUUUAUCCAGUCCUGGACCUCACGCUUUCCUUAUUGUGUUCAGUGUAAAUGACAGAUUCGCUGAUCAGCAGAUUCCUCAGAUGAUGAAGAUGAUGUUUGGUGAAGAAGUGUUCAAAUACUCCAUCAUUCUCUUCACUCAUAGAUCUCGACUGGAUGAAGAAGAGCGCAUAAAGAAGCUGAUAGAGCAGAACAGUGCAUUAAGAGCUGCAGUAGAUCAGUGUGGAGGCAGAUAUCAUGUGUUUAACAAUAAAGAUGUGAAUAACAGAGAGCAGGUGGAGGAUCUACUGCAGAAGAUUGACUCAAUGAUACAGCAGAAUGGAGGAGCACACUACACUAACCAGAUGACUGAAGACGCUGAGAUACAUGAGAGAAGAAGAAGAGAGAAUCCUAAGAGAACAAAUGCGCAGAAAUCCCAAGAAUUUCUGUAUCCUAUCUAG